CUUGGACCACGAUGAGCUCGAAGGGUUCCACGACCGAAACGCCCUCGAAGCCAGCUGGCGCUGGCCGUCUGCCGUCUCUCAACCAACUCGCUGCUCGUAUCAACCCAACGCCAGUCGCCAAUGGCACCCCAUCGGCACCGCGGCCCCGCCUCGCAGCGUCGGUGCUGAGAACUGGAUCCACCGUCUCGCUGGCAUCGACCGCAGCGUCGACAACCGAUUCUAUGGCCGUCAACGCCCCGACCACACGAUCCGCCUCGCCAGCGGGCAGCGGGGUCUCUGGAUCCCCGCAGUCGUCGAAUACACCCGUCCCCGAAGGCGGCGAGGCUCUGACAUCGGAGAAGCUCGAUAAACUCAACCAGGAGAACGCGGACGGUGCGCCUGCGCCGCUCUCGAAGAAGUUCGUCAAGGGAUAUAAGAACGUGCCCAGUUUGGACGCUAUCACGGCUAGGAUGGUCAGGACUCGCCAGUUGAGUAUAGAUGGAACAGCCAGGCCGCCCGAGCCUGAGUUGAUUGAGGAUCCCAAGACCCCCGGUGUCCAGAUGAAGGCCCCAGAGCAUCCUCUGCAGUUCCCCUGGACGAUCUUCCACGACACAAAGGCCAAGUACCCCUACACCCCCGCACUCGCGUCUGGAGAAGCUCCGCCCUUGUCGGCAGCCCCACCCGUCCCAGAGUCGAGCUCAGAAUACGAAGCAGGCCUCACCGUCAUCGGCGAGUUCGACACCGUCGAGUCCUUCUGGCGGUACUUCAACUGGCUCAAGCCACCCUCCGCCCUCGAGAAAAACAGCAACUACCAUCUCUUCAAGUCGGGCAUCAAGCCCAUGUGGGAAGACGAGGCUAAUGCGAAUGGUGGAAAGUGGGUUUUGACGAUGAAGAACAACCCUCAGUUGCUCGAUCGUUGCUGGUACUCCAUAGCUAUGGCCCUGAUCGGUGAAGAACUCGAGGAGGGAGACGAGAUCUGCGGUGCAGUCGUCAGUCUUCGCACCAAGGUCGACCGUAUCCAGCUCUGGACUCGAAGCAAGGAAGACGUGGAGAGGCUCAACGCUAUUGGCAAGAAGAUGGUCAAAUUACUGGAUGUCUCUGAAGCUGAUGGUAUUGGUCUUGAAUUCCAAUACAACAGCGACGACCGUCCUCCCCCGAACAAGUUCUUGUCCAUCUCGGCACUGCCUCAGACAUCGUACAGAUCUUCCUUCCAACCUCAGCCUGGUACACCAGUCGGCGGUCCCGGUGGCGCGUUUGGAAGCUUCGGCAUGGGUAUCGGUGGUGGGUGGAAGGGUGGAGCCAAGCGAGGUUGAAGAGUUUGCUAUUCCCCAACGUCACAACCUUCAGAAUUCGAUAUCCAGUUCAGAAACAUGCAAUCCUUCAAGUGUCUCCUUUAUAAUCAAGUAUAUCCUUCAUUACAGUGACCCAGUGUCCGCGUAACAGAAUCCAUUUUUGUAUAGUACUCUAUGGUGGCUCUCGCCUAACGUAUAUCAAUGAAGUUG